UAGCCAAUCAACAUCAACUUACUAGCAACUGCUGUCGGACCGCUUAUGCACUGAAGCGCUUAGCUAUCCUCUUUUAAUUCGACGCACAUUUAUGUGUUUGUUAGCUCAAUAUUUUAGGAAAACGUACUCAAGUCGAGAAUAAAAUAUCUUAUUACCUGACACCCGCCCGCCACUACCAAAGAGCAUGGUCGCAAGUGAGUACAAAUUGAACCAGGGGCCAGAAGAUGGCAUCACCGCCGUCAAGUUCAGCCCCAGCACCGCACACUUGCUGCUGGUGUCCUCCUGGGACUCCACAGUGCGCCUCUACGACGUGGUGGCCAACACUAUGCGUAUGAAGUAUCAACACACAGUUCCGGUCCUGGAUUGUGCUUUUUAUGACCCGACACAUUCUUGGAGUGGAGAUCUAGAUGCAAAUUUGAAAAUGCAUGACUUGAAUACGGACCAGGACACCGUAGUGGGAAAGCACGACGCCGCCAUCCGUUGUGUGGAACACUGCCCGGAGGUGAAUGUCAUGGUGACGGGAAGCUGGGACAGGUCAGUCCGACUCUGGGAUCCGAGGGCGCCCUGCAAUGCCGGCACCUUCACGCAACCGGAGAGGGUGUACACCAUGUCUGUGGCGGGCGACCGACUGAUCGUCGGCACCGCGGGCAGACGCGUGCUGGUGUGGGACUUGAGAAACAUGGGCUACGUGCAGCAGAGGCGAGAGUCCAGUCUCAAGUUUCAGACCCGCUGCAUCCGAGCCUUCCCCAACAAGCAGGGUUACGUCUUGAGCUCCAUCGAGGGCCGCGUGGCUGUAGAGUACCUGGACCCGAGCGUGGAGGUCCAGAAGAAGAAGUACGCCUUCAAGUGCCACCGGCUGAAGGAGCAAGUUGAGCAAGUCUACCCCGUCAACGCCAUCUCCUUUCACAGCGUGCACAACACAUUUGCAACUGGUGGCUCUGAUGGCUUUGUCAACAUCUGGGAUCCGUUCAACAAGAAGCGCUUGUGCCAGUUCCACCGCUACCCGACGAGCAUCGCGUCGCUGUCCUUCAACAGCGACGGCAGCCUGAUCGCCAUCGCCGCUUCUUACAUGUACGAGAUGGGCGACGUCAGCCACCCGGAAGACGCCGUCUACAUCCGCCAGGUCACAGAUGCCGAGACCAAGCCCAAGUGAGUCCGGAGGGCCACUCCCAUGUUCUAUGUCCACAACAGACUGUCGCAAAUUGCUCUACUGUUUCAGCCAAAACACACAAAUGCCCAAGUUGAACUUUGUUCAGUGGCCUCAGCGUUUAAAGAUUUUACCUACUGGCAUCCAGUCUAAGCCGCCCCCCCUUUCUUCUUUCUGUUACGCAAUUGUUUGGCUUUCUUCUACUGUGGUCAUGUUAUAUCUUGCUUAAGUUCUUUCACUUCUAUCGUAAAAUACGUUUUCCGUGGCUCAUUUUGAAGUUUGUGGUAUGCGCAGCGUUUCACCCAGACUGUGGCCUGACACUGAUAAGACAUCAGCAGAUCUCCUUUUAUUGGCAAGGAAGUCAUCGCGACAGUCUGUGUCCGGUAGGCUGGGUGCAACUUGGCCCAAAAAAA